AUGGGUCGCUCUCAGGAGUUCAGUGAAUUCAAGUGUGGUACCGUGAUAGGUUGUCACCUGAGCAAUAAGUCCAUCCGUGAAAUUUCCUUGCUAUUAAAUAUUCCACGGUAAACUGUUAGUGGUUUUAUAACAAAGUGGAAGCAACUGGGAACAACAGCAACUCAGCCAUGAAGUGGUAGGCCAUGUAAAAUGACAGAGCGGGGUCAGUGCAUGCUGAGCUUCAUGGAAUGGGGACCUCUUGAGAUGUCAGCAUACCAAAACAUUUUGGACAAUUUCAUGCUCCCAACUUUGUGGGAACAGUUUGGGGAUGGCCCCUUC